AUGGACUUCAAUGCUCAACAUGGCGACACCUUGGUGAAGGUCAAGAUUGGAGAAUGCGAAGGGGAUGCCUGCCUGACCUGCAGCCCUGACUGCACUAAUGGUCCAGCACCGAAAAAGCGGCGAACUGCUGAGCCUGAGGCGAGCAGUGAUGGCAGAUCAGAGGGCCAAGCGCCAUGCGGGCUUGAAGGCAAAGUGCUGAAAACUGACUUCUGCAAAUGUUUUGCAGCCAAUGCACGCUGUCUGGCCAGUGCAUCAGUGGUCUUCAAGACGAUGUUGGACAG